GUGAAGGCAUUCUAUUCGUUGUUCUAUCGUUGAAUGAUUGAAAACAGUUUGUAAAAGACAUUUUAUUUGCGUUUGUGUUGUUUAUAUAAGCUAAAAUGUUUAAUACAAAGUUGGAAGUGGACAGACACGUCGAGAGCUGUUUAAAGAAGAUUAAUAAUGAAACUGAAAGAAACCUUCGAUCUUUUGCCUUUGCGAAGCUGUAUUUUAAAGUCGGCGAAUUCGAAUAUGCACGGCGGCAUGUGUCCGCGUACCUGAUGUCCAAGCCAAUGUCAGCGGAGGCUCAAAGCUUCCUUGGAAAAAUCCUGGAGAAGCAGGGUAAAGUUGAGGCAGCGCUCGAUGCGUUCCGUCGCAGUUUAGCUUUGGAUUCGAAACAAAACGGUCUUAUUAUGAAAGUUUGCGAAUUAUUGUCGUCUGGUAAUAUACCCACAGAUGUUACAACUUUACGAUCGUACUGUGAAGAUGCGCAACGAAUUGAUCCGCAUAAUCCGAUCGUAUAUAAACUGAAAGAGCGAUUGAUCGCCGCCGAAAGUGAGGAUCCUAACGAUGUCACGAAGUUGCUGUUAACCGAGUUGGAGACGCGUUCGACCGAUGUCAGUUUACGUGUACGUCUUUUGCGUCAUUUGUUGGAUAACAAUGAACUUAGCGCCGCAUAUAAACAUGCGUCCGAUAUCGAAAUGAAAAAUGUGCCCGUUUUCUUAAAUAGCUUGGCGUGGUACGAAGUUGUAGGUGAAGUUUUGGUGAGAUAUCAACGCGAGAAUGUGACUUUAACACAGGACUUUUGGAUGCUGCUAGUGUCUGUGCUCGAUAAAUUGGCAUCUUUGACUUUAAACAUUCACUUUAGUAAUAUUAAAACGGCUUCCGAAUGCAAAGCCGCCGUGUUUAAUUUGGAUCAAACGUUAGGUAUUGCCGCAAAACAUUUAGGGGACAUUCGGGAGCGACCUUUAGUGCGAGAGUUCUUGACACAUUAUCGUGCGCAGGUGUGUUUUCAUUUGAGCUGCUUGCUCUACAAGCAGGCUAAGAUGGACCUGAUCAAGUUUAAAGAUGCCACCAAUUUGUUGUUGCCUUUGCUGUUUAUCUCGUAUAAUACGCAACCGCCCGAUAUUAACGGCGUGUGGCUCGAUCAUAGCGAGGAAAUUCACAAAUUGCAGAUGAAAAAGUGGUUUCAGGAGGCAAAUUUUCGAUGUUCCCAGACGGGGCAUAUCUUGCAAAUGUCCGCGAAAGAACACAAAACUGCGCUGAUCGAGAAAGUAACGCAGAGCAGUUCCGGUUUGUGGCGCGAGCAGUUGUUUAAGAAGUUGUUCAUCACACGAGACGAGCAGAUGAAGAUGAACGACAGUUACUUUAUGACAUGCCCCGAAUUGUUGAACGUUUGUACGCAGCUUCCGGAAGUAGGGGAGCUGAAGAAAUAUGACGGAUACGCUCAGUUAAUGCAUCCGGAUUCUUUGCACAAUUUAGUGUGGCUGUGCUUAAGUAAACCGUUGGCAAGUUUCAAAUGUACCGUUUUUGAUGGUUUACAGUAUUCCGUCAGAAAUUUAAAUAACUGUUCUGCGGAAUCCCUCAAUUUAUUGGACGUAGAAUCGUUCAUCUACUGCGCCACGCUUACCGUACAAAGUCAGCUCGAUCACAAUAUCGAUAGGUCCCUCUUCAUGCCUGUGUCCAUCACCGAUCAGCUGGGAACGCUACAACAAUCCAAGUGGCUCAAAACCGCAUACAUGAUGUAUAAAAACGAUUACGGCAUCAACUUUAGCGAGGUUCGGUUGAAUUUAAUACGAGGUAUUGAGGUCGUACGUUGCUGUGGUAAUCACGGAUUGGACGUCAAAAUGCUAGCCACACUUGCCUCAGUUUUCACGGAACGCGCGAGACAUUUAACCAAGCAGUCGGAAGUUGAAUUUAACGAAGCGAGAGCGGAUUUGUACUGGAAAGCCGCCCUACCGUUACUGGAGAAGCUUCAAAAUAACCAAGCGAUCAAUUACGGUCAAAAUCGAUUGUUCGAGUACAAAACUAAAGAAAUGCCCGCAUCCGAAACGUUAUCCUAUAUCGAAGACGCCCGAUUAUUCAACGGUCAGCAGCUGUUGAAGAAGAAGGAAUACGAAAGGGCCCUGCUCGUUUUCGACAGUCUGAAGAAUCCGUACGCCAGUUACUAUCAGGCGCAGAUCUAUAAGUCGAUGGCCGAGGAGCAGUUGAACCAAAAUAAGGAGAACGUUACCUCUGAAAUGCGAAGCCAGCACAUCAUUCUUCUGUCUCGAUCGCGCGACUGCUUCUAUCUCACUCUGGAUAGGCUUCGAGAUCCGUUAGUCGAUCGAAAACAUCCGCUAAACAAGCAGCUGGGAACCGAAAUUGAAAAGAUUGAAAGGUUACUAAGCCGUAUCGAUUCCGACGUGUACAACUACCGUAACGAAUGCGAAGGACUCUCGGACGAGAAUUUCUCUACUAACGGCAGUAUCGGUGACCACGUCAACAAUUUCUUUUCGUCGACGCACUACCCGGGCGAAUCUCUCACGCCGCACUUAGACCGAACACACUACUCCAGUCGCUUUCGAACCGAGCCUCAAUUCAAACGUGAAGCUCGUCCUAGUCCCGAACGUUUAGACGCGCAGCUUCGACAAAUGCAAGCCACUCGGGAUGCCACAAUGGGUCAGAUGGUCGAACAGAAUCGUCUGAUUGCAGAUUCGCAUAAAACCCUCGUCGAGGAGUUUCGCUGGUUGAAGGAGGCGGUUACGAAUAUAACCAGCUCGGUUAACGAUUUCAAGGCCACCAAGCCGAUGGCCAGUGAACUGCAAGAGAUUAAAAACUCCAUUACGGAUUUAAAGGGUGCCGUGGAGGAAUUGCAAACCUUUCGUAACGUUACCGACGUGGUGCAGGAGAUGAAAAAAGAAAUCGCCGACCUGAAAAAGGAACAGGCCAAAUCAAAGAAUCAGUUAAGCGACGAAGAUUUGUACGUACUGGAUGACGAAUACGCUACCGAUUAUGGUAUUAAUUCAAACGUCGCUGCGUUUAAUCCCAACAGCUUGUAUCCUCGGAUACCUCCCACUUAUCAACCACCGGCAUUGUAUCCGGGCAUGUAUCCUGUUUAUCCAUAUCCCAAUUUGGGACUACCACAAGCAGGUGCUCUACCGUUUGGCCAAGAAACACAAAUUCCUGAUUUCCGAGCGUUAAACCUUCCACAACCACUAGCACAGCCCACAUAUGGUCAACCAAACUUAGUGAAUAAACCACCGUGGGACCUUGGAGUUGUCCAACCCGGUUUGGCACAGCUCAAUGUUAUCCCGCCCGUAAUGGUACCGCAGAUUCCUGCACAGACACAACAAGCGAACAUUUUCCGUGACACCGUUUCAACUACAAUUACAACUACUUCAAUAUUCCCGCCGCUCACCACUAUAGCGUCACCGGCCAACAAAGCCCCCAACAAUGUUGUGAUCACAUCAUCGGACCCCUUGCCGAAAAGUACCGUCGCUACCACUCAAGUACUCUCGGUUACCAUUCCCCCUCAACAUCUAAAGGGCAACGUUCCGCUGAAAUCUCAUCCUCACAACUAUCAAAUACCACUACCGACGACGAGCUCAACACUCAACAUGACUCCAACAGUUAUUCAUCAGCCCCCACCCGUCGUUACGACUCAGGGACUUUUAUCAAACAUAGCGCCUCCCGUAUACUCGGCGGUUGGCUCGAAAAGCGCCACUUUGGGCUUACAAAUUGAGAAAACUCUCAAUCAGAGUUUCAACAACAGCACGGACGGCAGGGGAAAUUUGUCGUCGCGUUCACUCGACGAGCACGAUCCCUGUCCCGAUUUUAAGCCGAUCGUGCCACUUCCGGACGAAGUUCCUUUGAACACGGGGGAGGAGAACGAAUUGGUGCUCUUCUCGGAGCGUGCGAAGCUAUUCAGGUUUACCGAUAAAGAAUGGCGCGAACGAGGUGUCGGUAAUAUAAAAAUUUUGGAGGACAACGAUACAGGAAAAAUUCGUAUCGUCAUGAGAAGAGAUCAGGUGCAUAAGAUUUGUGCGAAUCAUUUUCUGACGAAAGAUAUGGUCUUGUCGCCGAUGCCUAAUAGUGGUAAGGCGUUUAUGUGGGCCGCCAACGACUUUGCCGACCAAGAGAUGAUUUUGGAGACGUUGUGCGUAAGAUUUAAGACUGAAGAGGAAGCGAAGGCGUUCUUUGUUGCGUUUGAAAAUGCAAAGGCAAGGCUCCGAUCGGUCAAAGAUGACGAAACGAGCGAUGUAUCGACUUCAUUGGGUGGCUUUACGUUUACAAGUACGCCAACUUUUAAACCAAAGGAGCAGAGUGUGACGGCGAGCGUUACUCCCGUGCCGGAUACCACCACCACAGGGAAUAGUAGUCCCUUUGCUUCUUUUUCCUUUGGCGCGAAAGCGCAGAUCUUAUUUGACAAGAAAGAUCCGAAACCCGCCGCCGUGUGUGACGAAAACGCGGAGAUACUCUUCGAGUCCCACGCCGAAUUAUCCAAGUACGAUGUAGACAAUAAGGAGUGGAAGGAGUGCGGUGUCGGAGUGAUAAAACUACUCAAAGAGCACACUAUCCGAUUAAUGAUGCGACAAGAUCAUCAGGUAUUAAAAGUAUGUUGCAAUCAUCAAUUGCUCAAAAGUACCAAGUUUAAAAAAAUGCCCAAAAGUCCAAAAACAAUCAGUUGGUGCGCACAGGACUGUUCCGAGGGCGCAAUGAGACCGGAAAUGUUUACCAUUCGCUUCCAAUCGGACGAGCAAACCGAUACCUUUUACAAGGCGGUCUUGUCGGCAAAAGACUUGCUCGAUGACAACAACGUGGUGAAGUCGGAAGAGAAGGUCGCCAUCAUGGAGAUAAAAAGUGACGGCAACGUUAAGGGAAAGAAGGAGGAAAAGAAGGUCAAAGCCGACGUCGGCGAAACUGUAGAGCAAAAAUUAAAUAAAUCCAAGUCAAAAACCGGCAGUUGGAAGUGCAAAACAUGUUUCAUCGCCAAUGAAGGCAAAGACCAUUUUUGUAUUGCUUGCGAGACGCCCAAAAAUAACACCACUCCGAACAAAUCAACCAGCGAGCCCAUAUUCUCCUUUGGCGCAUCUCAGUCGUCGACCUCUCCGGGUUUCAUUUUUGGUAAGGAACCCGCAAACUCUUGGGGCGAUGCGUUUAAACCACCAGUCGGAUCGUGGGAGUGCCAGCAGUGUUUAGUUCGAAAUGAUGGCACUAAAUUGUAUUGUAUUUCGUGCGAGGCACCUAAAAAUGGUACGGUUCCGGCGAAAAAGGAAAAUGCUCAACCCACAUUCGGGUUACAGUUCACUUUUGGUAUUCCCAAGCCCAUUUCGGCAACCGAUUCGACAUUGAAAGGUGAAGAAACUUACUUUAAACCGGUUACACAACCGUCGCACACGGGAGAGGAAGUUUUGUAUUGCCAUCGUACCAAAUUGUACCAGUUCUCCGACAAUAACUGGAAGGAACGAGGAGUCGGCGAUAUUAAAAUCUUACGUAAUUGCGCCAAUAAAACAUUAAGGGUGGUCAUGUACAGGGAACAGCCGUUGCAGUUAUGUCUCGAUCACGUUCUAACCGCCGCCAUCGAGUAUCUGCCGAAAGACGAAAAGGCGUGGACGUUUACCGCCCCCGAUUUCUCCGAGGGUAAAAUUAACAACUGCAAGUUUUAUGUUAAAUUCAAAACGUCGAAGCUCGCUCAAGAUUUUAAAUCUGCCGUCGAUGACGCCCUCAAUCAGUUCAAAGCAGGAAGUGACAAAUGCCGCAAUCAAUCCGACGUGGAAAUUGUCUCAGAAAUUCAAGUAAGCGCCGAAGAAGAGGCGGAAGCGAUUCGUCUAAAACUGCCACCGAAAUUUAUGGCAUACCGUCAGUUGCCCAAUUGUACGUGCGAAACUUGUAAAGAGGACGAUAUAAUUUUAGGGGAUCUAGUAAAGAGCACCUCUCCCUCUGAAAAGCAAGUUACAUUCGGUACUCCGGAAACGUUAAAGGAUAUAUUGGCAAAACCGAAACUAAGCGUCGCACCAUCAAUGGCGGCGGAACCCUUCAAACCGUUUGCUUUUUCCACCAAAACGGACAAACCCCCAGUCUCUAAAUCUCUGUUUGGCAGUACGAGUACACCGAUGAUUGGAAGCACUCCUCCCACGUUUGCCACCUCGACAGAUUUAACUAAAGGCGAGCCAAUAUUUAAAGUCGAUCCUAAUUUAAGCUUCGCAAGUUUAUCAAAUUUGACGGGCGGCGGUUUGGCGUUCGGAAAGAUACCCGAAGGUAACGAUAAGUCCUUUACCUUCCUGGGUUCCGGGGCUCCAGUGUUCGGGUCUCAAACUAAGAAAGACAAAUCGAAAGACGAAGGAGACGGCGAGGAGGAACACGAAACGACAGAAGAAUACGAUCCGCAUUACGAACCAAUUGUACCGUUGCCAGAGGCGAUUGUCGUUUCUACGGGGGAGGAGGAGGAGGUGGCCGUGUUUGACGAACGAGCCAAACUGUUUAGGUACGACAACGACACGAAGGAAUGGAAAGAACGGGGUGUAGGCCAAAUGAAAAUUCUCCACCACCCACAAAAAGGUACUUAUCGCUUUAUUUUACGUCGCGAACAAGUGCAUAAAGUCGUUCUAAACAUGUUGAUCACUGCAAGUUUGGAGUUGCAACCAAUGGUUACAUCCGAUAAGGCUUGGUUGUGGUACGGCAUUAAUCAUACCGACGACGGUCAGCAAGCGGAAAAACUCGCCGUUCGCUUUAAAAAUUGCGAUUUAUCCAACAAGUUUCAAACAAUCGUUGAGAAUAUUAUUACUAAGGUGAAAGAUUUCAAACCUGUGACUUCCGUCGAGAAGACUACUACCGAGGUACCGGCCGAAGUACCGAAAGUAAGUUGGGAUCAAUUUAAGCCGAAAGCCGGGACUUGGAAGUGUAAAACCUGCGAUAUUUACAACGAGGCAAAGGAUCAUUUUUGCGUUGCGUGCGAAACACCAAAGAGCAAUGCAUCUUCCGGACCCGUAUUCUCUUUCGGAGCGUCACCUCAAUCUACAUCAGGCGGAGUUAAUUUUAACCCAUCUCAAUUUUCGUUUGGCACGCCCGUAACUACAACUGCGUCAUCCACAAGCUUCAUCUUCGGUCAAAAGCCUGUCGGUGCGAAUGAGCAGGUCAAAGACGGAGCGAGUGGCUGGGGAGAUGCGUUCAAGCCAAAGCCGGGCUCGUGGGAAUGUCCUAAGUGCUUGAUUAGAAACGAUGCAGAUAAGGUACGAUGCGCUUCCUGUGACCAUUUAAAGGAUACGUUCGGCUUUACUUUCGGAGACGCAGCUACUGACCCAUUUAAAUCGACGGAGGAAAGUAGAGAUCAGUUUGUGUUCGGCUCCCCUCAACAGCACGCGUUCGAAUUUACACCACGUUCGCCUAGACGGCACAGUAGUGGCGGACAAGGAGAGGAAUCCGAUAGUUUUGUGGAGGAUGAAGGCGAUCAUAUCUAUUUCAAGCCCGUAGUACCGCUCCCAAAUAAGGUGGAGGUCAAGACCGGCGAGGAAGACGAGGAAGUGCUGUACUGUCAUCGUGCUAAACUGUUUCGAUUCAUUGACGGUGAAUGGAAGGAAAGAGGUCUUGGUGAUCUUAAGAUUUUACAUAGCAAAGUUAACAAAAAGUUAAGGAUUGUAAUGCGUCGCGAGCAAGUGCUCAAGAUUUGUUUGAAUCACGUUUUAACGGCUGAAAUUGAAUAUCUUGCCAAAGACGACAAGACGUGGCUAUUUUCGGCCCCAGAUUUUUCCGAAGGCGAAAUUAACCACUGGCAGUUCUGCGUUCGAUUCAAAUCUUCCGAUAUAGCCCGAGAAUUUAAAUCCGCAGUUGACGACGCUUUGAAGAGAACACAUUCAGCCUCCCCUUCGACCUCUGUUAAGGAAGACGUAUCCGAAGUCGAGUUUAUAUCCGAAACUCAAGUAAGUGCAGAGGAAGAACAAGAAGCCAUUCGUCUAAAGCUGCCUCCGAAAUUUAUGGCUUAUCGUCAACGGCCCGAUUGCACAUGUGAGACGUGCAAAAGCGAGGACGCCAUCGCUGCUCCACCACAUACCUCCCCCAUUAAACAAACGGACGCUUUCAAAUCGUUCUCAUUUUCCCUAAAAACGGACACGCCCACCAUCUUUUCUCAAACACCGUCCAAAUCUGCCUUCUCCAAUUCGCCAACGUCCGGCGGUAACAUUUUUGGAACCCCCGUCAAGCCGGCGCAGAACAUUUUUGGCAACACGAACAUAUUUCGACCCUCAAAUUUAUUAGCGGUAGGACAGGGUAAACCGUCGUCCACAUCUGAAAACGAACUCGUAUUCAAAGCUGAUCCGAAUUUGAGCUUUUCUAGUUUAUCGAAUUUGAAGACCGACAGUAUAGCAUUCGGAACAAAGGCGGAAGAAGGCGACAAAGUGUUUUCCUUCUUGGGAUCUGGACAGCCCGUGUUUGGUUCGGCGAUGAAAUCUCAAUUGAAAAAAGAUGAGGGCGAGGAGAGCGAGACGGAGGCGGGUGAAGAAUAUGAUCCGCAUUAUGAACCGAUCGUACCGUUACCAGAGGUAGUUGCCGUUUCGACAGGGGAAGAAGAGGAGGCGGUCAUAUUUGAUGAGCGAGCCAAAUUGUUCAGAUAUGAUAAUAAUAGCAAGGAAUGGAAGGAGAGGGGCGUCGGUCAAAUGAAAAUUCUCCAUCACCCAAUAAAUGCUACCUACCGAUUUAUUUUACGUCGUGAGCAAGUGCAUAAGGUAGUUUUGAAUAUGCUGAUCACCAGCAGUUUAGAGUUGCAACAGAUGAUCACAUCGGAUAAAGCGUGGAUGUGGUACGGCGUUAAUCAUACGGAUGAAGGUGCACAAAUGGAAAAAUUGGCUGUUCGAUUUAAAAGCUGCGAGCUGGCCCAAGCUUUUCGUUUGGCUGUAGAGAAGGUACUUGCUAGUAUUAAAGAGCAUGAAAAGACCUUACCGUCAAUGCUGCAAAGUUUUGGACUGGACGUCAGUGACGAACAUAGUGAAUAUAAGGAAGAUGAUGAUGACGAAGAGGAGGAUGAAGAGGAGGAGGAGGAUGAGCGUACAAUUAUGUUUAUGAAACCGUGUCGUUUGAGCGAGGAGAUACGACCAGGCGAAUGGAAGGAGAUCUGUUCGGGUGACCUAUCGAUGUAUUACGAACCAGAAUUUUAUGCCUCUCGAAUUUUUAUGUGUGACCAGUCCGGAAACGAAAUUGUCAAUACAUCAAUUGAAGCAGACACCGAAAUGAUGUUUGAAGACAACUACUGUAUAUGGAAGACGACAGAUUGGCAAGACAAUAAUGUGAGAUUGCGAACCGUAAAGGCCACUUUCUCCACCCCUCACGACGCAGAGAAUUUCCAUUGUAGAUACCUCGAAUCGCUCCAGUAUGCUCAAGAAACCAGCAAUGACGAAGAAUAGAACGUUAUAUUUUGUUUGUACUAAAAAUGUGAUUUAUUAAACACUCCGUACUUGUUUUAAAUUUUAAUAGCCUUUUCCUGGAGUGUAUCUGAGCACUUUAGCGGUAGGCCUUAUAAAGCUAAUAAAAUAAAUGUAUGUUUUUUCUA